UCCUUCCUCACUCUCUCUCUCUCUCUGAAUAUAUUACUGUUCCAAGUCUGUUUUCUUACAUGGGUCCUGGUGGGCCUGGAGGACCUGGUGGGCCCGGGGGACCUGGUGGCCCUGGAGGACCAUUCGGCCCUGGCCCAGGCUGGGGACCACUUCCUGGGGGCCCCGCCGGGUGGGGCCCUGGGCCUGGAGGGCCAUUCUGGGGAACCGGCUUUGGUGGUUUCUUCCCCUCGUGUUUAUACUUCCUCUGCUGCUGCUGCUUGCUUCAGGAGUGCUGCGGCCCCUUUUUCGGUGGCCCCCGGGGCCCUCCUGGUCCACCGGGACCUCCCUUCUGAGGAUGCUCAUCGACUCCUCGGAAUCGGAUGAACGAUGAAGUCUCUCUCUCUCUCUCUCUCUCUCUCUCUCUAUUUAUAUACGUAUGUGUGAAUGAAAGGGUUUAAUCUUAAUGUGCCACAUGUUGAGAUCAAAUUACCUGACGCUUGGUGUGUAGAAGAAUGAAUGAAAUUUCAUGCGUGCUUGUUGCA